AUGAUUAUUUUAAAUGAUUUUAAAUUAUUUAGAUCAACUCAUUCUGUUGAACCGUUCUGUUUCAGAGCAUUCAGACUAAUUCUGAUAAUAUUACUUUUUAUUGCCGUUUUAUCAUAUUUUAUCCAUUAUCUUCAAAGAGUACGAUAUGAUUUUAAUUAUUCGGAUUUGUCUAUUUCUGCUAGCAAUCCACCAUCUCUAAUAUUUCCAGAACUUAAGAUUUCUAAUAUUACAUGUAAUGCACCUGUUGAUAAUUUGACGGAAUCAUGCAAUGAUAAUAUUAAUUACACUAGUAACGGUUGUUGGGCUUUUUCACCGUUUAAUUUUUCCGAGAGGAUAAAGUUUUAUGAGGAAAAGUUACAAUGCGAUGAUUCAUUAUGUAAUAUACGUAUGUUAAAUAAUUCUUAUAAGGCUAUUAUAUUAAAUAUUACUUUAAAUGUAUCGUCGUCUACUGAUCAUUUGGCUGUAAGAUUUAAUUUUGCUUUUCCGGAAAUGAAUACUAAAAUUCCUCCACGUUUGAGAUUUAAUAUGAACCCAUUUAACAAGGGACAGUUGAUUAUAUUCAAAUUUUCUACUACUAUAAGGAGAAAACAUAGUUCUCUGUUAGCUAAAACGUUUGGAUUCGAACCUGAUUUAGUGGAAGCAUUUAUUGAUACUGAAACAAAAGAACUUCAACAAACUUCAAAUUCCUCAUAUACUACUUUGGUAUUGCAGCCAAAAGACAAUAUUACAUAUUAUGAGGAUUAUAUUUCUCACUAUAGUAGUAAGGGUAUCGUGCAAAAAUAUGCAUGCUGUUGGAAUCUUCGUGAAAAUUAUAUACGUCGAUUAAUGAAACGAUAUGUUUCUAAAGCUGGAAUUCCUUUGGUUGAAAAUCCAUCCAAAUUGCCUCCAAAUGCCACUGUAGAAAAUAGAAUUGCGACAUUAGAAACAUUGUUAAGAGAAUUUUUCUUGGAUGAUAGUUCUUUAGUAACAUUAAAAGAAAUACGUACAAGAUGUGUUAGAUACCAGGAUAAAAACAAUGCCUUGGGAGGUGAUAAUUUAUUACGAGAUGAUAUCGUUGUAAAUGUAAAUGAGAAUGAUACUUUGAUGAAAGAUGGAAUUCCACAAUGA